AUGGAAAUUACUAUAAUUUGUGGAAGAGAUAAUAUCUUGUAUAUUUACAUAUACCAUACAAAAACAAGCUUAGUUGGCGUGAUAUUUUUUAGCAUAUGCAGAGGUUAUAAACAAAUCAUUAUUCUAACAGAUAACUUUUAUUUCAUUAUUGGAUCAAUCUUUAGUUCCUUUUAAGUUCAAGUUUUAUAUGUUAAUAAUUUGUCUUAUGCAUGUUUGAGAGAAAGUAUUUCAUAGCAAUGAAAAAUAAAAAGUGUGCAAAGAGAUAUGUCUUGUAGUGUUACAAUCGGCUUCCAGAGUAUUUAAUUAAACAUCAUCUGAUUCAAAUGUUAAUUUAGAACAAUUAAUUUUAAAUGAACAUUCACUCUGGUAUAAUGAAGUAUAUUGUCAUCAAAGCGUUUCUGUAUUGGAAUUAUGUGGCACCUGUGUUAAAUGCAUGUACAGAUCGCACUCCACUUGGAAUGGCAAAUGGAUUGAUCACUUCCAGUCAAUUAUCAAACAGUUCAAUAUUUUCUACUGGAAGUGCGGAUUUUUUUUUACCGUCGCGUGGAAGACUUUAUUCUUCAGGAACAUGGUGUAGUCGUGAAAGAAGUUAUCAAUCAGAAUGGUUUCAGGUUUUUUUUUAUAAUCAAACAAUAAUCAAUGGAAUUGCUACUCAAGGUGAUCCAAAUCAUGCUCCAAAUUUUAUAGUGGAAUUCAGAUUAGAACACUCAAACAAUGGGAAGGAUUGGACGCGUUUUCAAAACGACAAGGUAAAUGUGUACAUUACUGUGGUGUAUUAA